AUGAUCCCAACUCGGGUCUUGCUGGAAUCGGAGAGAAGAAUCCUUUCAUUUCGCAUUCUUCGGGCUGGACUGUUCGACUGUGACUACAUGCUUCACCUCAAUAAUGCAGCAUACUUGACCCAUAGCGAAUAUGCUCGAUGGGAACUGUGCGCCUACAAUGGGCUUAUGGAAUCGAUGUAUAAAGAUAAGGUGAAUUUUGUCGUGGGUGGUACCGCCAUUCGCUAUCGCCGUGAAAUCCGUCCAGUCUUUCGUCAGUUUGAAGUCCACACCUUCGUGGCCCAUGUGGAUGAGCGCCAUUUUUGGAUCUAUCACACCUUCAGGUACCCCCCUGGGGGUUCAGAUCCAGGCCGCAUACGUUGCCAAAUGGUUUGUCAAGGGCUCGCCAUCCAAGGUAGAACUGUGAUGGAUCCCAGAAAGUACUUGGUAGAGAAUGUGGGUAUUGAUGCGGAGCUCAUUGACGAGCUAUUACAAGCCGAAUCCAGCAACACUACAAUGCAUGAUUUGAUGGACAAGUACUUGGCAAUGGACGAAAAGUUCAAGGAAGCAUCAGCGAAGGAUGACGAAUGGAUCGCAAAGAAAAAUGAAUAA